CAUUCACAACGCAUCAUCAUUCUCAUUGCGACCGCGCGUUCUGGAUUCGGGAAGAAUACUUUCUCCCAAAAGCUUACAGUUUUAUAGAAUAGACUGAAUGCACUUUUUAGACAGUUAAAGACUGACAGCGUUGGCGUCAGGUGCGCGGUCAGUAAGGUGCGCGACUUUACGCACACUUUCUCAAGGAUACCCAAGCGCUAGAUCAUCCUCUCUGAUGACUCCUGCUGAAAGAGGAACAACAGCUACAUAAACUGCUUAGAGUUCAGUUCAGACUGAACGGCAGGGUUUCCACAUCACCAAACGGAUAGUAAGACGCGCGAACUUUCCACGUCGCCCUUGAGCUCGUACCCUUGAUCCGUGCGCGUCCGAAUCAGCAGCUCGUCUGGAGCCCUGGAUUCUGAUCCUGACUGAGAGGGUGUUCAAAACAUACCAAAUGGUUUUUCUUUGGGACGCCAAAUACGAACCUGCGCCUGGGCGACGCUUCACGCCUCCCUCAACCACCCUGAGCUCGGGGAAGAUGAAUGAGGGGUUGCCCCUAGGGGCUCAGGAGAACAGCAGCGCCGCCCUGGUGGGCAAACUGCGCAUGGCUGACCGAAGCAUGGUGGAGGUGCUUUCCGACCACCCAGGAGAGCUGGUGCGCACUGACAGCCCCAAUUUCCUCUGUUCUGUCCUGCCAACACACUGGCGCUGCAACAAGACUCUGCCCAUCGCCUUCAAGGUGGUUGCCCUUGGUGACAUCACUGACGGAACAUUGGUCACAGUGAUGGCCGGCAACGAUGAGAAUUACUCUGCUGAACUUCGGAACGCCACAGCCCCCAUCAAGAACCAAGUGGCCCGAUUUAAUGAUCUGCGUUUCGUUGGCCGCAGUGGACGAGGGAAGAGUUUCACUCUCACCAUCACUGUCUUCACAAACCCUCCUCAGGUGGCCACGUAUCAGAGAGCCAUAAAGAUUACUGUAGACGGACCCCGCGAACCACGACGCCACCGACAGAAGCCCGAUGAAGCGGUAAAGCCAGGCGCGUUAGCUUUCUCUGAGCAAUUGAGGCGAAGUGCCAUGCGGUGCGGUCCACACCACGGUCCUGCCCCUAACCCCCGCCCCGCCCUCAACACGCCCCCCUUCAGCAGUCCCGCCCACAGCCAGAUUUCCGAUUCUAGGCAGAUGCAAACGUCUCCAUCCUGGUCGUACGAGCAGUCAUACCCUUACCUGGGCCCCAUCUCCACCCCAGCGGUUCACUCCACCACACCCAUCUCCCCCAGGCCCAGCGCUAUACACUGUCCAGAUCUGACGGCGUUCACUGACCCUCGUGUCGGUCUAGAGCGUUCCUUCCCAUCGCUCCCCUCCCUCCCGGACGGCCGUUUCUCGGACCCACGGGUUCCGUACCCAACCGGAGCGUUUACGUACACACCCACCCCUGUCACCAACGCCAUCGGCAUUGGCAUGUCAGCCAUGACCAGCCCGGCAGGCCGCUACCACACAUACUUACCCCCAGCAUACCCUGCGGGCUCCUCCCAGGCUCAGGCCGGACCUUUCCAGGCCGGCACGUCCCCAUAUCACCUUUACUACAGCAGUGCCGCCGGCUCUUACCAGUUCUCCAUGAUGCCGGGUGGAGGAGGAGGGGGCGAGCGCUCGCCACCGCGCAUCUUACCGCCCUGCACCAACGCCUCCACAGGCUCUGCCCUCUUGCACCCCUCUCUGCCCAAUCAGAGCGAGGUGGUGGUGGAGGCAGAGGGAAGCCACAGCAGUUCACCAACCAGCAUGCCAGUGGAAGCCGUCUGGAGGCCAUAUUGACGUUUAAAGCAGUCGUUGACCAAUAGGACGAGGGCAACUGAAUGAGGUGGUUUCUGUUUGGACUCAAUGGACAGAUUUGUGUUUUUCACAGAACAGCAUGAGA